AUGGUGCGCGACUACUCACCACCCGAGUCGCCGCUCUCAUCGGUGGACGAGUCAGACCAGUACGAAGAGGAAGGACACGAUUACGAUGAAUCAACACUGCGGCCCUCGAAGCGCCAGCGACUCGAAGCCGGUUCAACUACAUCUUCUGCUGUAGUUCCUGAUGUCGAAGCCGAAGCGGUGCCUGAGCCCGAUCCCCUCGAGGGCAUGUCCGAUGUGUCAUCGGAUACCUCAGGUGAUAUCCCCAGUUCCCCGAUCAAUGCGCGCCUCGACGAAGAAGACUUCCAGGAACAAGUCACAAAAUGCGACUGGGAUGGUUGUCCAGCCGGCGACCAGGGCAACAUGGACAAGCUGGUCGAACACAUCCAUAAUUCGCAUAUUGAGAACCGACAGAAGAAGUACACCUGCGAGUGGAUGAGCUGUACUCGAAAGGGCCUACCACAUGCCAGUGGUUAUGCCCUCAAGGCACACAUGCGCAGCCAUACAAGGGAGAAGCCUUUUUACUGCUACUUACCUGAAUGCGACAGGUCUUUCACAAGAAGUGAUGCACUGGCUAAACAUAUGCGUACGGUUCACGAGACAGAAGCACUCCGUCCAUCUGACCCUGUUCCCAAGUCAAUGCAAGCUGGGCCACAGGGCAAGGGGGGCAAGAUAAAAAUCAUCAUGAAGACCAACCAACAAUCUCAAGGCCCCCAUGAUGACAUGGACGAUGCUGCCAACGGCGACGAAUCUAACGCCGAGUACUUCACACCAUUGACGCCAGAUCUCUUCACCCAUGAUGAGCUUGAGCUUCCUGUCGACAAGUUGUACCGAAAGUGCCAUUGGGAGGGCAAAUGGGCCGAGGAGAUUGGAGAGUCUCUGACGAAAGAGUGCAAAGAGUGGGAGGAAAUAUACUACAAGGAGUGGCUCGAGAAGGAGGUGUUGCUUUCGCAGGUCAUCAAGAGCGAGGUUAAUUGGCAUGAGCGACGACAGGCUAUUCUUACAGGGGUUGUCGAUGUUCACGUUCCUGGCGCCGUAGAGAGCGUCGAAGGCGAGAGAACAAACGGUGCGAACGCUGAAACCGAGGGAACCGCCAACGGGACAAAGGCGGCAGAGCUCACUGCGUAA